AUGCUACAACACUCUAUACUUGAGGUUCUUGACCGUUCGGUGGAGCACAAAUUUCUGCCACCAGUCAAGAAAAUCCAUGAUGGACCAGAUGUCGCAUUCUUUCUUACUUCCAUUGCUUACAGGGACAUUAUGACCUUCAUUAUGCAGCUGAACCAUUCUAUGAUACCUAGAAAAUCCGAGAGUGAUGGAGUCAAAACAACUCAAAUCUGGGAGCUCGGUUCAGAUGCCAUAACCUUGUCCGAGCCCAUUCGAAAGCUUCAGCAGCUGAUUGGUCGUCUCAAUUCUUUACUUGAUGAAGUGCCGCCUGAUACCGGUCCUCGUCGGUUUGGUAAUGUCAGCUUCAGAAAAUGGUACGGCCUCGUGGAAGAGAAGCUUCCAGUUCUGCUGCAAGAAUUCCUAUCUUCAGAUAUUUUGUCGUUCGGGUGUCAAAGCAGUGAUGCUGCUAGAAUAACUGCUGCAGAUGAGCUUCAAGUUUAUCUGUUGGGGUCCUUCGGCAGUCCGCAAAGACUUGAUUAUGGCACUGGCCAUGAAUUGAGCUUCCUAGCGUUUUUGGGAGCUCUCUGGAAAUUGGGCCUCUUUGAAGGUCAGGGCCCUGGUAUUGCCGAGCGAGGAAUAGUCAUUGGUGUCUUUGAGCCCUACCUGAACCUUGUGCGGCGAUUGAUCAAGUCGUACACUCUGGAACCAGCGGGCUCUCAUGGCGUAUGGGGUCUUGACGACAACUCUUUUUUGCCCUACAUAUUUGGUUCUGCUCAGCUCGCUCCAGCAAUCGAUGAAGCAGAUCCAGCACCCAUCGAAGGAUCACUGCCUGAAGCCCCCGAUGCGUCCUCUGUCGCAAAUCGCAGCUUGGUACAGCGCGAGAGAACCAGAAAUAUGUACUUCUCGGCCAUUGGCUUCAUCUUUGAUGUCAAAAGAGGGCCUUUUGGCGAACAUAGUCCUAUGUUGUAUGACAUCUCAGGUAUCACAGCGGGGUGGGGAAAAAUUAAUAAGGGCAUGAUUAAGAUGUACAACGCAGAAGUCUUAUCGAAGUUUCCAGUCGUCCAGCAUUUCCCCUUUGGUUCAUUAUUUCGCUGGGAGAAAGAUCCAGAUGCUCACCCACCACCUCCUGCCAGUCACACCACACACCAGCCAUUACGUGAGCCUCAAGCUCCUGGCGGGGACGCUUCGAGAGCACGAACAGGGUACACCGCAGCUUCUUCGGUUGCUGCAGCCUCCCUUGGACCUGGUACCGCUCCCCCUUGGGCUACAACCCCAUCAAAUCCGCCCAGAGGUGUGGUAGAUGGCGUCACGCGCGCACCUUGGGCUUCAGCUACGAAGCCGCCGCCACCACCUGUCAAGCGUAACAGACCAGGACCAAACGGUUGA